GCGCGUGUGCGCAUCGCGAGUGCUCCCCCACAAUUCUCAUGCACUCAAAAUCAUCGCUGUUCUCAUCCACGCUCGAUGCAUUACCACUGCAUCAUCACCCCGAGAAAACAACCAACCUCCCCUCGAGACCGUCAAUUGCCUCAAAAUCACUAAUUAAUGACUGAACAAACAAUAAUUCCGUUGACGAGGAUUAUUCGCACAAACUCCGUGAGCCGACGCAUUUUUGUGAUGUUGAGAUAAGGGAUUUUAUCAUUAAACAAGAUUUACAUCUUCAUCUUGUUGACACAAGUGAAAACUAAGCGGGAAAGUCGUGCCCGGAGGGAUGGCGCCGUUAUGAUGUCAGAUGCAGUGAUCACGGUGAAUUGGGUUGGCUGCCCACGAGAUACCCGCAGAUAAUAACCAAUCAAGGAUGACCCUACACUGGGACAAAUUGUCUCCAGCAGAAUUUCAGCAACUUCAGGAUUUGGCUGCGUACUCAACGCGAAAACUUGAGGAUGUACUCACCGAGUUUUGUGGCAGCAAUACAACACCGGGUGGCCUACCCAAGUAUCAUCCAGAUGGGGACAUCGAUUACGAGGGCUUUCGCAAGUUCCUGGACACAUACCUCGAGGUCGCCACACCCGACGAAUUAUCACGUCACCUAUUUCUGUCAUUCCUCAAGAAGGGAUCGAAGAAUGCGGAUGGCAAGGCAUUCAAAGAAAUGGCGGCGUUAUCGUCGACGACAGCGUGUGCCGCCAUAACUUCACACACGACGUCGAAUACGAAUGUUAACAGUACUGGUUUAGUGACUGCAACUAGUGAGAGCCACGGGUCGUCUCUGGCGGAUAAGAUUCAUGGACUUACGGAGAAAAUUCAGGCUCUUGGGCAUCACAGGGCAGACAGCGAGGCGUCUGCUCGCACGCGAACAGGAAGCGUGCAUCCGAUGCUCACCGUCGCACACACGUCAUACAGCUGUCACGACGUCCUCGAGAAGAAGAGCACGGAUAGCAGUCCAAGUCACAGCCAAGUCUCCCGGAACUCAUCGAGAAAGUCCAAUAAUUCACUUCUAGUUAACAAUGGAAAACUAGAAGAAAUGCGGCACAUAGUCAGAAAGCAGAGUACCAUCGACGUAUACUCAGUCAAAGUGAGCUUGAAAGAUAUUGUCUGCUAUCUCUCCCUCCUGGAAGCCGGUCGACCCGAGGACAAAUUGGAAUUUAUGUUUCGUCUCUACGACACGGACGGUAAUGGAGUGCUGGAUACAAAUGAAAUGGACUGUAUUGUUAACCAAAUGAUGAACGUCGCGGAGUAUCUCGGUUGGGACGUAUCAGAGUUAAAACCCAUACUCCAAGAUAUGAUGAUUGAAAUUGAUUACGAUGCUGACGGAACAGUAUCCCUGGAGGAAUGGAAACGAGGUGGAUUAACGACUAUUCCACUGCUGGUUCUACUAGGUCUUGAUUCUCACGUGAAGGAGGAUGGAAAUCAUUUGUGGAGGCUGAAGCACUUCAGCAAACCGGCGUACUGUAAUCUCUGUUUAAAUAUGCUUGUAGGACUUGGCAAGAAGGGUCUCUGCUGUGUUUUCUGCAAGUACACGGUGCAUGAAAGAUGCGUCCAGCGAGCCCCAGCAUCAUGCAUAGCAACUUACGUGAAGAGUAAGAAGACAUCCCAGACAAUGGUUCACCACUGGGUGGAGGGUAAUUGCCAUGGAAAAUGCUCAAAAUGCAGAAAGACCAUCAAGAGUUACAACGGUAUUACUGGACUCCACUGUCGCUGGUGCCAGUUAACUUUGCACAAUAGAUGUGUCUCCCAAGUGAAGGCUGAGUGUAAUCUCGGUGAGCACGGUGUACACAUACUUCCACCCACAGCUAUUUGUCCAGUUGUAUUGGACAGACAGAGAUCGUUAUCGAGGGACAGUAAAAGAGGCAGUAAACAUGGCCAAGAUACGUCUUCCAUCGGUUCAGGUGCCUUCCUCAGUUCGAGUAACUCCUCGAAUCAACAGCCAGCCAUGUCAUUCCAAAUAACUCCGGCCGCCGGUACAACACCACUCUUGGUCUUCAUCAAUCCCAAGUCGGGAGGAAGACAGGGUGAGAGAAUGUUGAGAAAGUUUCAGUAUAUACUGAACCCUCGGCAAGUUCAUAAUCUAGCCAUUGGUGGCCCCAUGCAAGCUUUACAGAUGUUCAAGGACGUUCCGAAUUUCAAGGUCAUCUGUUGUGGAGGCGAUGGGACAGUUGGAUGGGUAUUGGAGACAAUGGAUCGAGUUCAAUUUGAGUAUCAACCAGCUAUCGGCGUUAUUCCUCUGGGCACAGGAAACGAUUUAGCCAGAUGCUUGAGGUGGGGAGGUGGCUACGAGGGUGAGGCAAUCCACAAAGUUCUGAAGAAAAUAGAAAAAGCAACACCAGUGAUGAUGGACCGGUGGCAGAUUGACGUCACUGACCAAAAAGAGGAGAAAAAACCGAAUCACGAUUCCAUCCCCUACAACAUAAUAAACAACUACUUUUCGGUGGGUGUCGAUGCAGCCAUUUGUGUUAAAUUUCAUCUCGAGCGUGAGAAAAAUCCCGAAAAAUUCAACAGUCGCAUGAAGAACAAAUUGUGGUACUUUGAGUAUGCCACGACCGAGCAGUUUGCUGCCAGCUGUAAAAAUCUUCACGAGGAUCUCGAGAUUAUUUGCGAUGGAACACCAUUGGAUCUGGCACAUGGCCCUUCCCUACAGGGUGUGGCACUCUUGAACAUUCCAUUUACCCAUGGUGGCUCGAAUCUCUGGGGUGAGCAUCAUGCACGACAUCGCCUUGGGAAACGAAAGAAACGUCCUGACAAAGAACUCAGCACCAGCAGUUUCAAUUCCGUGGAUCUCACUGUUGCUAUUCAGGAUAUUGGGGAUAAUCUCAUUGAGGUGAUUGGAUUAGAGAAUUGUUUGCACAUGGGACAAGUCAAAACCGGACUGAGGGCCUCGGGGAGACGAUUGGCACAGUGUAGUAGUGUUACUAUUACUACGAACAAGCGAUUUCCUAUGCAGAUUGAUGGGGAACCUUGGAUGCAAGGACCAUGCACGAUACGUAUCACCCACAAAAAUCAAGUGCCAAUGCUAAUGGCACCCCCUCCAGACAAAAGUCGAGGAUUCUUUCGAUUUUUGAGAAGAUGAAAGAAAGAAAAAAUCGAUAUCAAGAUAGAAUUGCCAGAUUCUUGAGGAUCACUGGCACAUGAAAGUGGAAAUAAUAUCGCAUUACGGCUUUCCUUUUUACAUUCGCAAAAUUUUCAAAAUAUAAUUGAUUAAUCAAUUGAAUAAACAAAAUAAGAGCCUGAAGGGAUCAUCGUCUUAUGAAUACAGUAUUUUACUUUCAGUCAAGACCAAAAAGAAUUUAUUCGACUAGUCAUUUUACAGCUUUACCUCCGCAACUGUACUUAUUGAUUAUUUAUUACUGUUUGCUAUUGAUAAAUUAUUUAGUUUUGUACAUAAUUUAUAAUGGAUUACGUAUUGAUUAUUGACAUUCUAAAAUAUUCGUCUUGUUAUUUCUUCAUCGAGAAUUUAAGGAAGAUAUUACGCUGAGAUGGGGUGAAUUUAUAUUACUACAUGCAUAUCUGUUAGCGUGUACGAGAUAACACAAUGUUCAAUGUUAUAAUUUUAUAGAUUAUUAUCCAUUUUUGAACUUUUUGUCUUCCGUAAAGAUCAUUUUUGUGCCAAUAUAACAGCUUAACAACCGUUUUGGUUGGGCAAUGUCUGUGCUAGUUUAACUGAAUGUAGCCUUUAUGGAUUUAAACCACAAAAUUUUGUAUAAGAAUGAUCAGUGUAAUAGGAGAUAGCACGGAAAAAGGCAAGAUGAUAAAUAAUUCUCAAAUGCAUGAUGGGACUAGUGUUUCGCGCCGCAUUGCAGUGAUUUCUUCCAAACAUUCACCGGAAGUCUUGACAAACGGAAUUGCAUCCAGUUCUUUUUUUUCCGUGAAAUCUUCAAUCUGAAGGCUUUGAGAUGCAAAGACAAAAUCAAGUUCUUCUCGCAAUUAAAAGUGAAAGAGAAUAAAAAAAGUGUAGAAGAUUAUUCAACUAAGCCAGUAUAAUUUAGGAAAAGGAUGGAAUAUUAAUGAAAAUGAGGAACACCAAUAAUGAAAGCGUGAAAGCUAACAAAAAUUGUAAUUACUCUCCGUCCGAUUGAUAACAAAAUAAAUGGGAAACAAAACAAGACAUACCACGCAACAUAGCUGAUUACCCCUUAAAUUAUAAUUCACCAGAGCAGUGUAACAAUGUUGAGAUGAAACUUGUGAGGAGUAUCAGCAGAAAUUAACGGAUUUUUAUGCAGUUUUGAGAUGACAAAGAGACGAAGGGAAAAUAUUUUUCGACAAGUUCCAAGUAUCACCUGCUUUGAGACAUCAUAAUGAAAGUGAAUUUUCUUUUCAAAACAAAAAAAUUGUAUUGAAAAAAUAGUUAUAAUGAUGAUAAUUUCGUAGAAUUAGUUGUAUUAGGAGAAAACAGUGUAUUAAUUGCUCUCUAGAGGAAUAUUGCUUCAUUUAGACAGAGCUGGGGGGCAUAUUUCACGAAAAUUAAAUGGAAAUAGUAUAUUAAAGGGGUCUUCAGGAUGCUAUACAAUAUCACUUGAGGAUUGAAUGGAAUAGAUAGAUUCUAUGAGAAUGAUUAAUGAAAUUGCCAUAAACUUCAAACUGUAUUUUCUAAUCUAUACAAUUGCUAUUUCGCAAUGAAAAAUAGUCGUGAGUACUGCAAUUUAAAAAAUUGAGUAAUAUUCGGCCCAGCUCUGCAUUAGGAUUACACUAUGAAAACCUGAUUUUUACCGGGCCCAUAUCCUUUCGGAGCACUUUAUUUUGAAUAAUAAAUAUAAAUUUAUCACAGGGACCAUUUAUCUCUCACUUAUUGGCCAACGACAGUCGCUUGGAAUCGUGGAAAAACCGAAGAAUGAAAAAACUCAUGAAACAAAAAAAAAACUGUAUCUUCCAUUCAUCAGUCUUAUUGUUCAGUGUAGUUCACAAGACUAAGUUAGCUUUUUAUAAUAAUCAUAUUAAAGAAAUAUACCUCUCGAAGUCAAAUUCAAUAAUGAACGAAAUCGAAACUAGCGCACUACCCCACACGAAUCCGAUGCAACUAUUAUUUUUUAUGCAUUCACCGUAGUUUAUUAUAUAUAUAUAUACAAAUCGAUAUAUUUAGGUGAUUCAAUGAACUAUUACGCUUAUGAGGAAAGAAAUGAAUUGAUAAAAAUGAAAAAACAAUAAAAAAUUAAUCCCCGAAUUGUUGAAUUUCGUCUUCGGUGAUUUUAGUGAAAAAAAAUAUGUAUGAAAAGAAUUGUUAUUGUAAGUGAGAAAUUAUCUUUAGUGAUUGAGAGCAAUGCAUAGUAUGAAACUGGCAUGAAUUUAUCAAAUUUUCAGUGCAGAAUCCUAUCUAGUGGAUUGUAAAUGUCGCAUUAAGAGACUUGAUAUAUAGAAGAAGAAAGAAAAUAUUAAAUCAAAAUUUUGAAAAUUCAGUUUACUGUUCUGUUUUAUUCAUCACUUUGUUUUGUAAUUGGAGUAUUAGGGCAACGUCUCAGUGGGCUUUGUCGAUGAUAGUGCUGAGACCCAAAAAAUCGCGCAGAUGAAGCAAGAGCAAAAUGACAAGGCUCUGGGAAUAAUAUUCAAGAGUGAAAAUGAGACACUCCCAUAAGACAAAUAAUACAUCUCGAAUAAUAAUCAAGUGUUUCGAACCAAUUCUUUUGAAUGGACAUUGGUUGAUGUGAUAUUGGCAGGAGCAGUGACACAUGCACUAGGCAUUGAGCGUUGAUUCUAAGACUAAAUGGGGAAUUCCAAUACGAAGUGAAUUUUGAAUAAGUAGCUCGAUCUAAACUGCCACUAUCUUUUUGGGUCUUAUUAUACGUUUGAGCACUACUGCCAUUUUCCAAGUAAAAGUUUAGAGUUUUAAACUCACAUUCGUGAAUUGACGAAUACAUGAAAAUAUAUGGAGAUUAAACAUUUAAAGAACCUGUAUAGUGUACAAUAAUGAAUCAAA